AUACGAAGUGGCGUAAAGUGAACCCGAGCAUCUCCGAACUCACCCGAGGUUUACCGAGCCGUCCGUCCAGCCGGACUGCUGGAAGCAGCCGCAACAACGCCAUGUUGAACGAAUCUCCCAUCUUUAUGAGAAAUUCAUAUAAUGCGACUCGCUAAUGUGAUGUUACUACGCAAAGCGGAGCAAACAAACCGGGAGACGGCCAUCUGAGGAGGCGGAGAAGAACAAUUCGACCGGGGAGAUCCAGGGUGGCUGGAGGGGGAUACAAACCCCCUACCGUCCCCAUGCAUAGAGCAGCUACAACCCCCGACUUCAAAGAUAAAAUGACAUUUUGGUACUAACAGCCAGAUCUGAAUGAAAUCCAUGGCAUAAGGAUAUAACGUUACACACGUUCCGGCCUUCGUAGAGAGAAGAAACGGCCAGAUAUUGUUGGAACGUGCGAUCGAUUUCAGCUGCGUAUUGUUUGUUUUGGUUGAAAUUUCUGCAAUGAGUUUGCCACCGAAACCGGUCGCUGUCGCUGUUAGUGGACACGUAACCGGACCGGCACCGCCAACGCAACUCCGCGCAGCGCUGACCUCCGUGUCGUUACCACCGGGAGCCCAGAGCGCUCCUCCGCCGUCAGCCGUGCCGCCUACCCAGAUCCCUCGAGCAGCGCUAUCACUAGAGGAGCGCAUGUUUCCCGCCCACUCUGGGGUGACGGCGGUCUACAGUGUAUCCAGACACCCUGGUCCUCCAUACCCAGGUCACGACCUCGGCAAAACUCACCCUAAUUUGGCAGGCACCCCUCCCGGCCAUGCCACGUCCCCAGCCCUCUCUCAGGUAUCGGUCCCUGCCGCCCCCUCGUACCGCUUCCUAAAGGGCUGGGAGACAGGUGGAGGGCCUCCAUAUAACCCAGCUCAGAAUGCAGGCUCCGCCCCUCUGGUGUACUCACCACAGACGCAGCCAAUGAACAUACAGCCGCAAACUCGGCCGUUUGUGACGGGGCCUCGGCCGACCCACCAUCAGUUCCUCCACAGGACUCAGUUACAGCCAGCACGGCCUGCCCUUCCUACCAACAGCCCCUCUAUUCGGCCAGGCUCACAGACCCCAACGGCUACGGUUUAUCCUUCCAACCAGCCCAUCAUGAUGACUAUGACGCAUAUGCCCUUUCCUACCCAGACACACCAAUACUACAUUCCUCAGUAUCGUCAUAGUGCACCUUACGUGGGACCCCCGCAGCAAUAUGCCAUCCAGCCGCCAGGGUCUGGAACCUUCUACCCAGGACCCGGCCCUGGGGAAUACCCUGCUCCAUAUGCUGCCGGGCCGCCAUAUUACUUCUCCCAGAUUCGGAUCCGAGACCCCAACCAGGGUGGAAAGGACAUCACAGAGGAAAUUAUGUUUGGAAGCCGGAAUCCUACUCCUCCUACAGGGCACCUGGUCUCCACCUUAACCCCACCUGCAGGACGGCCCUCCUCAACACCAACCCCACCCACAGGACACCUGUCCUCCACACCCACCCCUCCACAGCCAAGAAACUGUCAGACCCCUGAACGAACAACAUGUGUCAACUCACCUCAGAGACUCUCAGAGAGCCCUGCACCAGUGGAUGGCAAACCUAGUUUAGAUGACAGGCCAAAAAUGGAGUCUGGUCCUAUAAAGCCUGUAUCUCCUGGGCCUAGGCCUUCAGAUUCCACUUUAGAGAAAGGAAAUGCCCCAAGUCUUCCAUUACUAGCCUCUUCUUCUCCAGAGUUGGCCUCUGAUGUUCCCUCCUAUCCUUCAAGUGGAUGCAUUAAACCAACUGCUGCGGAAGAACUGGAAGUUAUUUCUCCUUCAACUACCAAGGCUCAGGCGCAUCUGGUUAAUUCUGGUGGGGACUCUAUUCCUGAAACUUCUCUCAGACUCUCUGCUUCACACUCAACGUCCCUCAAAGUGGUAAAUGGCCUUGCCGAGUCUCAAACUCCUUUAUCAAGCUACGAAGAACCUGAGGUCCAGGAAGCCCUGAAGAUAUCAUUGUCCCGCGAGGUUCAGCUGCCAACCCAGGGUACGUCAUCCACGGAGGAGUCCAGUCAGGAAGUUCCAGUGGCCUUGGAGGAGCUCCAGACAAAGCACCUCCCUUCUCUAGCUGUACUUGUGCCCUUGAUCCCAACCGUACAGGCCUCUUCAAGCACCUCCUGCACCACUACUGUCCUUGGACCACCACCUGGUUUGGCACCACUUGUGCAGCCAGUUGUCCUUGAGGUGCCAGAGCAAAACAAGUCAUCGGACAAUGUCCAAAUAAAGGUUCAGGAUGCUUCAGAAUCACAAACUCAGAACAACUCUAGAAAGUUCAUACCCUCAGCCCAAGCUGUUUCUGUUGUACCAAAGUCUUGGAAGAAACCAAAUGAAGAUGUUCUGAUGGUGGAAACACUGCCAAAGGAAAAUGAGGAGGAGACCUCAAAGGACAGCUCUGCUGGUGAUGAGAUGGUCUUACAACCAACCUUAGGGACCUACAGCAGCCCAUUUACAGUGCCUGAGCACCAGGAGAAGCUCUCAGAGGAGAAUGGUGAGACUGAAACGGAGCCUUUCAGGAAUGGGGUGGAGACAGAGAGCACUGACAGUGGCGUUACACUCGGGGACAGCAGGGGGUCCAUGUGUUCACCCACUCCACUCAUGCAGGAAGGUCUUGUGCAGUCUAAUGGAAAGAGACAGUAUGACCGGGACUUCCUGUUGGGUUUUCAGUUUAUGCCGGCCUGUGUGCAGAAGCCAGAGGGACUGCCUCAAAUCAGUGAUGUGGUGCUAGACAAGGUGGUUUUUGUUGUUGGUAUUUCUUAUGUUGUCAGAAGAGUUGGAGUCAACUCGAAUUCAGCUGUCUUCAUCGACCUUGUGUUUGAGAAGGCCAUAGAUGAGCCCAGCUUCUCUGUGGCCUACGCCAACAUGUGUCGCUGUCUGACUACGCUAAAAGUGCCCACUGCAGACAAACCUAAUACUACGGUAAACUUCCGGAAGCUGCUAUUGAACCGCUGUCAGAAGGAAUUCGAGAGGGACAAAGUGGACGACGUUGUACUUGAGAGAAAACAAAAGGAGCUGGACUCUGCCACAUCACCUACAGAAAGGGAAAGACUGCAGGAGGAGCUAGAGGAGGCGAAGGACAAGGCUCGGCGUCGCUCCACAGGAAAUAUCAAAUUCAUCGGUGAGCUGUUCAAGCUCAAGAUGCUGACAGAGCCCAUCAUGCAUGACUGUGUGGUGAAACUACUAAAAAACCAUGACGACGAGAGCUUAGAGUGCCUCUGCAGACUCCUCACUACCAUCGGCAAAGACCUUGACUUCGAGAAAGCCAAGCCCCGUAUGGACCAGUACUUCAACCAGAUGGAGAAAAUUGUCAAAGAGCGCAAGACAUCGUCACGGAUACGGUUCAUGCUACAGGAUGUGAUAGAUCUGAGACUGCAUAACUGGGUAUCCCGGAGAGCAGACCAGGGUCCUAAAACCAUAGAGCAGAUCCAUAAAGAGGCCAAGCUGGAGGAACAGGAAGAACAGAGGAAGGUUCAUCAGCAGCUUCUGUCUAAGGACAUAAAGAGGAGGCCAGAUCAGAGAGAUCAGCGCUCGCAGAGGGAGGAGACGUGGAACACUGUGCCCACUACUAAGAACAGCAGGACCAUUGACCCCACAAAGAUCCCCAAGAUCUCCAAGCCUCAAAUCGAUGAAAAGAUCCAGCUGGGUCCACGGGCACAGAUCAACUGGAUAAAGGGCAGCAGUGGUGGAGCCAAAGCUAGUGACUCUGAGUUAACACGCUCUUGCAGUAGCACCCUGAACCGUUAUUCAGCGCUACAGUCGUCCGCGUCUCAGCCCAGCCCACCUCCGGCCCAAACCUCUGAUUCCGAUUCCAGACGCCCACUGGGAAGUCGAGGCAGCACCGGUCGUGAACGCAGUGAAAAGUCGGUGAGUUUGGGGCCGUCACGACCGGGGCCCUUCAGCCGAGGUAGCAGCGCAAAGGAGCUAACAGACAACGUGGCCCCUCAGGAGACACAGAGGGAGGGACCUGACUCACACCACACACCUCGCAAAGUCAGCAUCUCAGAGGAGAAAUGUGAAAUAGAGAACAAUAGAGCCACGGAGACAUUGAAAUCUGAGACGCUACAGGUCGCUGGUGUUUCAGAGAAGCCCAUCCUGUCCGAAGAGGAGGUUGAGCGGAAGUCCAAAUCCAUCAUUGAUGAGUUUCUGCACAUUAAUGACUACAAGGAGGCAGUGCAGUGUGUAAUGGAGAUGGAUCAGCCCUCUCUGCUGUUUGUGUUUGUGCGCAUGGGUCUGGAGUGCACACUGGAGCGCAGCCAGAAAGCCAGAGAGCACAUGGCACUGCUGUACUAUCAGCUUAUUCAGAAGGGCAUCAUACCCCAUUCCCAGCUCUACAAAGGGUUUUCAGAGAUGCUGGAGCAGGCUGAUGAUAUGGCCAUAGAUGUUCCCUUCAUUUGGCUUUACCUGGCUGAGCUGCUCAGUCCUUUGCUGAGAGAGGGAGGAAUCAGUAUGAGAGAGCUGUUCAGUGAGUUAAGUAAACCGCUACUCCCUGUGGGAAGAGCUGCCAUCUUAUUUUCUGAAAUACUGCACCUACUAUGCAAACAAAUGAGCCAUAGGAAAGUUGGAGAUUUGUGGAGAGAGUCUGGGCUGAACUGGGCCGACUUCCUGCCUGAGGGAGAACAUCUUCCUACCUUCAUCUCACAACAGAAGUUAGAGUUUACUGUGUCAGACGUCUCCCCUGUGUCCCCGGCCACAGCUAAACCCAGCCUCAGUCCUGAGGAGCUAUUUAAAGAGCUGGAGCACCUUCUGCUGGAAGACAUGGCUAGUGAUGAACAGAUCUUCGACUGGGUCGAGGCUAAUUUGGACGAAUCUCAAAUGAGUUCCUCUCCAUUUUUGAGAGCUUUAAUGACAGCUGUUUGUAAAGCAGCAGUUAAAGAUGAAAGCACAUCCUGUAGAGUGGACACUGCUAUCAUCCAGAGACGCCUGCCUAUAUUACAUAAGUACCUUAACUCGGACACCGAGCGGCAGCUGCAAGCACUUUACGCUCUUCAGUCUUUGAUUGUCGCACUGGAUCAACCACCCAAUCUACUCCGAAUGUUUUUCGACUGUCUUUACGAUGAGGACGUUAUUUCGGAGGACGCUUUCUAUCAGUGGGAAACGAGUAAAGACCCAGCGGAACAGCAGGGAAAAGGCGUAGCGCUGAAAUCGGUCACCGCUUUCUUCACCUGGUUACGUGAGGCGGAGGAGGAGUCUGAGGAUAAUUGACACAAGCAGGUGGCCGACGCCCAGACACCCCCUACUGACACGAACACAAAAAUGCAUCCAAACUAAAGGAACUUUGACUUUGAAACGCUGGCUAACUUGAGCUGGACCUCUCUACGAAGCGGAGGGAACACUAAAUACUUGUAUCAUAUAUAUAGAAAAUAUUUUUGUUUUAAAAUUUGACUUUUUUUUUCUUUUGUUACUUUUAAAAGAAGAGACUUGAGAUAGGUUCUGAACUCUUUAAUUUAUUAUUUUUUUAAGAGACUGCAAGUAUGGAGUUCUAUGUAACAUUUGCAGGCAAAAAAAACAUUGAUAGAAAUAACAGAAUAAACCUGUAUCAUAACAAUAAUAUUAAGUUUGUUUAAAUGUGUCAGCAGCCUCCCUGGAUUCAUGUGAUGCACUUCAAAACAAAUCAAAUAUUUCCUCAGAAAUGAAAAAGAAAAAUGCAUAACAUUUUUGGCUCAAGGUGGGGGCUGCUCCAGGAUUGGCUAAUGUUGCUGAAGGUUAAGGCUGUUUUGAGAAACACCCGCCACUGGUUCUUCUGCUUUGGCUUUUGCUCAACGGACUUUCCGAAUAACAUGGGAAACACGGUAAAAAUGAAUAUGCAUCCUGAAUGGAAUAAAAAUUCAGACAUCGUCAUCAAAUACCUGUAUGCAUUAAAGGUGAAAUGCAAACACUAAUGCAAGUCGGAAAAUGACCAGGUUUGCUCAGUGUACUUGUGAUGAAGAACUACAGAGGAAAUGUAAAGCUUGUAAAUACAUUAAAGAGA